AAUCUUGUGACACGCUGGUUGCUUAAUCGCAGCACAAAUAAUGCAAACCUGCGAGAACUUCGGACGUCGUGUUGGUGUGGUGUUGGGUGGAGGUAAACCGGAAUCCCCGCGGACUCAUAUCAGCACAGGCGCGUGAACGUCUGUGCGCGAGAGCAAUUACUCCCUCCCUCCCUCCCUCCGUGACACGCGCAGCAGCAGCUUGUCCUCCCAGGAGUGUAUAAAAGCCCUCAGUUACCGUGUGGAGGGCACGGAGGAAGCUCAACCCUCAGGUGAGUGACUGGGAAGCAGACCACGGGGAGUCUCACUGCCACUGGUCUGGAUUUUACUUACAAGCUUACAUGUGUUUGCAUUUGUGGUAACUUAAGUUGGAUGUAAAGUGAAUUUAUUGUCUCACAAUUGUUGCAUUUUAACAAACUUUACUAUCUUUGAAUUGUACUAAUCCUAACAUCUUCAUAUUCUCACCCAGGUGCAUCUGUCUGUCCUACAAUCAUGAAGGCUGUAGCUAUCAUCCUUGCUCUGGCAGUCAUCACUGGUAGGUGGACUUUUUUUCCAAAGUUUUAACAACCUUUCAAAGGCCACAUCUGAUUACUUGUUGCUUACUUGAACUCUUCCAUUGUUACCCAGGCUGCAAUGCCCGUGCAGUGCGCCAGGCUGAGAUCGUCUCAACCAAAUGGGAAGAAAAUGUGGACCGUUUCUGGCAGUACAUCUCUGAGCUGAACCAGAGAGCUGAUGGAGUCAUGCAGGACCUCAAAGCCUCCCAACUCAACAGGGAGCUUGAGUAAGUAAUUUAUAAACUACAAACCUCCAAUUCUGUAAAACUGUAACAACUGGAUGACAAUACUGACUGGUCUCCAUUUCCUGUUUUACUUGUAGAACCCUGAUUUCUGACACCAUGGCAGAGCUGUCAACAUACAGAGAUGAUAUCCAGACCAAGCUGAGACCCUACACCGAGGCCUCCACCGGCCAGCUCACUGAGGACCUGCAGCUCCUGGCCAACAAACUCCAGACGGACAUGCUGGAUGCCAAGGAGCGCAGCACUGAGUACCUCGGGGAACUCAAGACCAUGGUGGAGCAGAACACCGAGGAUGUCCACUCUCGCAUCAACGCUUACACCCACAAGCUGAAGAAGCGUCUGAACAAGGACACAGAGGAGAUCCGCAGGUAAGUCCAAUGGAGGCCUGAGCACACUCCUUAAAGUAGAAGAUCCUGUUGGUGCAACAUCUAAAUGUCUUCUUCUUCUCUGUUCCUCAGCACUGUGACCACCUACCUGGGUGAGCUCCAGUCCCGCACCUCCCAGAACCUCGACACCGUGAGGGAACGCGUUGAGCCCUUCGUCAACCAGGCCAGUGACACCGCCACAAAGAAGCUGAGCGACAUCUCUUCCAUUCUCAAGACCCAGGCUGAGGGUCUGGGCCAGCAGCUGGAGACCCAGGCUGAGGGCAUCAAGACCCAGCUGGAGGCCACCGCCCAGGAACUGCGCACAUCCCUGGAGGGCAAGAUUGAUGAGCUGACCGAGCUGAUCUCCCCCUACGCCAGCAAGAUCCGUGAGCAAAUCGAGAGUAUUGUGGACAAAGUCAAGGAGACCGCCACUUACUAAAGAAAGACUCUCAGGGUUUUAGACAAAUUUGGGGUCCACUCUUAAGAGCAGUGAUGACCACUGAUUUUUUUAAACCUGUAAAAUAGGGGAAAGUGGGGAACUUCAGAUAAAAUCCUCAGUUGGGUGCUUCAUUGUUCUGGGUAAGAGGGCUGAUAAGAGAAGAGAGAACGAAAUGUUGUUUCUUCUCUUAUUGACUCUUCAGUCACUGAACAAAAGCAUCCUUGUCAAGAACAGUCUCUGAAACCAACACAGAAGACGUUUUUUUGUAACAUGCUUUGCUUCAACUAUGAAUUAACCACCCAGCUGCAUAUCUCCUCAAAGUUUUUCUACACUCUCUUACAUAGUUUGGUUGUACAUAGAACAGCCAAAUCCAAUUCCUGAAGGCAGGGGAUCCAGCCUCUAAACUCUUAAUGUACUGAACAUGAGUGUCUGUCAUUUCAAUAAAUGCACUGAGUUACCCUUGAGGAAGUGUCGAACCACUAUCUUGCCCUUCUUUCUUAUUUGUUGUGCUUCACUGAGAAGUGGAAUGUAAAUGCAAUAAUGACGAUCAUAAAAUGCUGCCUGUGUUAUCUUCAGUCUGACUGUAUCGAGUGUCCCCUUUGUGUUACACCACUUGUGCCCACCAUGCUGCUCACUGCAUGUGCACUGAUGUGUGCCGAACAGUGCCGAGAGAAUAAAGAUCUGAGAAAAUAAGACCUGAUUGUGUUGUGAGUCUCUCAUCAAACAUUUAACAGUCAUCCAUUUUUAAAGAGGGGUCAGUUACACUAACAUGUGCAGGCAUUGCAAACAUAGAAUAAAAGACCCUCUAUCUACCUUCUAUGCCUAAAUAUGCUUAUAAAAUGAUGGGAAACAAACUUAUGAGUGAUUUCACCCUCAUACAUUGUCAAUAAAUGCAUCUCUUCUCUACUAUCUGCCUCCCUGUACAACGGUUGUUGCACAGAAAUUGACCACUUUAAAUUACCUAGAGUUACCAUACUCCCUAAUGCCUUAUUUUAUCCGAAACUCAAUCUUAGUUUAGACAAAACAAUACCUUACUCAUCUUAAUCCCCUCCCUCCAUCUCUUUACAUCUCCUCAUCCAGUGAAAACCCUCUGCCGACCGUUGACUCCAGUCAGAACUUGUUAAGAUCCUUUCCUAGAUUCCUCCCUUUCUCUCCCAGCAGGCAUUUGGGAACACAUUGUACCUCUGGUUCAAUUCCCUAAAUGUUGACAACUUUCCUCACUACCUCUAUCUUGGCUCAGGUUGUAUUGUGGGGCUUGCGUCGAUGCGCAUUUGCACAAGCAUUUGUCCGGGCAUGCCAAUCUGAGUCACUCAUCCAUACACAGACACUGUUUGGAUACAGCGUGCCCACAUGUGGAGUUAUGUUUUUCAAGCAUGUGCAAGGGGGUUGCCUGAUGGUUUGGAUAAACAAGUUAAGAUGUCUCCUAUACUUAAUGUAAACAAAGUCUAAGGAAAAUGUGUGAUGUAUAUAUGGGUACAUAUAUUUUUUUCAUUAAGGUAAUUUUCUUGUCUCUUCUGAUAUUCUUAUAUUGUCCUUACUCACUAGAAAAAUGCUGCUGUAACACCAUAAUUUCCCAGUAUGGCAUCAUAAAGUAAUUCUGAUUCUGAUUCUACAUUGUAAGUGAUUAAAAA